CAAAGCUGCAUGUCUUGCUCCGUAUCCAAAGCUGAAGAAGUGAGGCAUUGCUUUAAUGCUGGUACUUUCUCUCCCUUCUACCCCAUUUAAUUUCGUCUUGGGUGGAUAGAAGCAGCCACAAAUUGGAAAAGUACGGAGUUUGUUUGCCGGUCGACGAUGACUAUCUCCAACACGCUGACCAACUAUGGCCUGUUGGCCUUUGAGUCGCUGGACUUUGAGUCUGCGUAUACGUGGGUUAUCUUGGGUCUUAUUGCCUUUUACGUCGCAAGGAAGCUUAUUGAGUCCAGUUUCAACAUGAUUGACCACAUCUGCAAUCGAACAUACAUCUACAACAUUUGCUGGGAAGAUCCCGCUGUGGACCACCAAAUUCUCAAUAUCGGAAAGGACGAUGUAAUCUUUCGCAUUUGCUCGGCCGGAGAUAUUGUCUUGGAUUAUGCCAUUCAGGGACCUUCCAAAAUUGUGGUCUGUGACAUGAACCAACAUCAGCUGUGGCUCUUUGAACUAAAAGUCUGCAUGCUCAGAGACCCCAAACUCACGUAUGACGAAUGGUGGGCCAUUUGGGGAUCCUCCGAUGUCGAUACCGCUCUUCGCGUAUGGAAACGCAUGCGACACACCAUGUCGGCUUCGGGUCGAAAAUGGUGGGACGGACGAAUUGAACGUGUUUUCCGCAAGGGAUUUGCUACCUCGGGAUCCACUGGGUUUGCCGCAAAGCUGCUCAUCCCUUUCCUCAUGUACCUCGUUGGUUUCGAUGUCAAAGCUUGGGCCGAAACUGGGUUCUCACAUGAAUAUAUUUCACGGAAUUCGCACAUGAUUGAACGAUCAGCCUGGUGGUUCCGAAGGAUUUUCCCUAGUAUUUUGGCGCCCUUUGCCGGUGUCCCUCCGAAUCAAAUUGGACCCGAAUUUUACACCACCGAAUUCUAUGAGGGAAUCCUGCGGGAGAUUUUUCUUGACCCUGAUUUUGGAAGCAACAACUACUUCUACCGCUUCUACUACGACCAGGGGUACAAAGAUCAGACUUGCUGCCCUAGGACUCUGAUGGAAAAACACUUUGAGGCGUUGAGAGCAAAUGCUGGUUGCUUCGAAUGGCACCAUGCCACUGUACAGGAAACCAUGGAACGGGUCAAGCCAAAAUCCUUCACCAAACUUGUUUUGUUGGAUCAUAUGGACUGGAUGCCAAACCACAUGGUGCAUGCGGAAUGGAUUGCUCUGCAACGUGCCACCAUUCCUGGAGCUCAAAUCCUGUGGCGUUCCGCUUUUACCACCAUGGACGACAAGCCCUUCUUUAACAAUGUCGACGCGACCGACUUGAGUCCCCAGUGGUACUCCAAGGACCGUGUCAAGAUGUACCCCGGAACAUUUAUGGCACACAUGCCAAAGGACGACUUCCCAUUCGUCGACCCCGAACCAUCACCCUGCCAACGAGCAUCCUUUGCUCGAAAGGUCCAAACAUCUACAAAGAUGAUUUUGCAUCCACUCACCGCUGGAAAGGUCAGUGCUCACGGAGACAAAAUGUCUCAAUUCUACGCUCAGCAGGCCAAGGGAUACGAUGCAGUCAGGGAAAAUAUGCUGGUCGGUAGGGCGGACAUGAUGUCCGCCUUUGGACCCAUCAAGGACGGCCACACCUGGUUGGAUGUUGGCGGUGGCACCGGUCGAAACAUCCAUUAUUUGCGGGCACAGCUCGAUCAUUUCGAUCGAAUCAUUAUCUUGGAUAUUUGCCCAGAGUUGCUGGCCAUUGGUGAAGAUCACGCUCGUCGUUCCUUCACACCCGCCCAAUGUGAGAAAAUUGAAUGGGUCUGCAUUGACAUCAAUUCCAAGGAUAUUCGUUCCAAACUUUCCAAGUAUCUGAAGAACGAUUUAGGCCGCGGCUUUGAUACUGUCACCUUCAGUUACUCCCUGAGUAUGAUUCCUCAAUGGGAAAAGGCCCUCGAGUCCGCCAAGGGUCUCAUGUCUGACCAGGGACGUGUCCUCAUUAGCGACUUUGACACCUACACCGAACAGGGCAAUGGGUUCAAAGACUUUUUGAUUCACACUUGGUAUAAACAGGACAGCGUCCGAAUUGAAGCGAAGACUCGCCAAGUCAUUCAAAAGACGUUCCCAGCCAACAACUUCAAGGUCACCUUUGCACGCUUCCAGCGCCCACUGGCAGGUGUCAACAUUCCUCAUUUCGUUGGAUGUUGCCGAAAGGAAACCAUCACGACUACACAGGGACUCCGCAGACCCUCGGUAACAAACCUCAAGGAUUUGACAGGCGAAGAGAAGAAGCAAGACUAAGCGAGCUUGUUUUGAAUGUCUUUGCAUUUUUAUGUUCCUGCCGAGUACUGCGGGUUUGUGGGUCGAUUUAAUAUUAAUAAAAUGAUAAUAGCAGCAAAUGAUUUCAUGGGCACC